GGCCGUAGACCGCCGCCAGUUCGGCUGGCCGUUCCUGGACAACACCGGCAUCGUCCCAGACAGAGCGGGGACGUGCCCUGAGGAGGAGUGGAACAUCGGGCUGCCCAACGCGAGGUACACCGUCGAGGUUGUCGUGCGAGACACCGCGCCCUGGUGGUCGUCGGACAGCCACGGGUGCAGCCUCGAGGGGCAGGCGCUGGGCCUGGAGACGGUGCCCCCCGGGGGCAUCGGCGACGUCGCCGUGGUCCUGGAGGUGGACCUGACAGACGGGAACCUGACGUUCAAGGGGAGCAUGGACGCGGGGUGCCAGUUCCUGAACCGGCUGGUGGUCACGCCGGGCCCCACGGCGGCGCCGACGGCGAGCCCAACCAGCACGCCGCCGACGCGAAGCCCCACGGGUGCGCCGACGGCGAGCCCGACGAGUGCGCCGACUGGUAGUCCGACCACCGACGCGCCGACUGGUAGCCCCACGCGGGCGCCGACUGGUAGUCCGACUGGGAGUCCGACCACCGACGAGCCCGACGAGUCUGACACGCCAACGGUCAGUCCAACCGGGAGCCCGACGAUUGCCCCCACCGAGAGCCUCCCUCAGAUGUCGCCGUUCCCCACCCUGGCGCCGACUGGUAGCCCCACGCGGGCGCCGACUAGAAGUCCGACUGGGAGUCCGACCACCGACGAGCCCGACGAGUCUGACACACCAACGGUCAGGCCAACCGGGAGCCCGACGAUUGCCCCCACCGAAAGCUUCCCUCAGGUGUCGCCGUUCCCCACCCUGGCGCCGACUGGUAUCUGA